CGAAGAAGAAACCUGAGGGCGUGCCAAGACCGUUCAAGUACCUCAUGCAUGGAAGGGGACCGUGCGCUCGAUAAUGGGCACUCGUAUGAGAGCCCUCUGGCCUGCAGCUUAAUCAGGACGGGCGCCGUGAAGGAGACCAACAAACAUCGCCUUGUGACCCAGUCGGAGACUGCCCGACUUGGGGAGAUCAGCCCACUCUUCUCACACCGAUUUGGGCGAACCCCACACUGAGCCGAGGCUGCUAUGAUGCGGCGAUAGGGAGGGACCCUUGGCAGAACAUUUUGGCCGACUCCUCAGAGAUAAGGGACGCGCGGGUAUGACAUCCCCCCCCGAAACAAUGCCUUUAUCCUCGUCGUCUUUACCUGCAUCAUCCCCUUUCCUCUCAUUGCUCUUGCUCCCACGACAACAACCCCACUCGGCAAUUUGGUCACCUUGGUCGUCGCCUCCGAGCGCUACCCCUCGAGUCCCACGACAACAACGCGACAGCUUCCACCUCCGCAAACCCGUCAUCAUGGAUGAUUUUCGAGAAGGCGAUGCUAUGCAACAGGACCUAGAAUUCGAGGCUCAAACGCAGGAAGCAAUCAAAGGAACGCAGACAGUUUACGAAUUCGAAGAAUACGUAAACAAAUGGGAGGAAAACGACCAGGAAGCGGUUGAUCCUGCAAAAGCCAAGUUGGCGCUGAAGCGCAAAGUGCCCAUUCCACCGAACACUCAUCAAUUCUUGUUUGGAGAAGGGUACAAGCUGAUGGCAAGUGGGAAUCAGGAAGUCCCAUCACGUUUGAAAAUGACCGUACGUGCGCAGCUGCACCAACAGGGCAUGAAAGACGCCAAAGUGGAGCUUCACCAGCGCGGCAACCUCAUCCGUGGGGUCGACGUGUGGUAUGAUGCAGACCGGAAAGCUCAACCGGAGAGCGUUCAUCUGUCGUACGCACAAGAGCCCAUCACAUAUGAAGACAGCGGCAUAGAUUUCACCAGCGGUCUUGAAAUAUUCAUGAUGGAGAACGUGAAUACUGCGUCAGUCAGGCACAAGGCCACCUUCACCGCAUUCAUCCAAGAUCAACUAAACAACGCUCGCCUCAACCUCUGUGGUCUGUGGAUGGAAAAGCAAAGCUUUCGUGGUUUUAUCAACACGUCGGCGCAAUACACUGGCGUCGUCAUUGGCGCUGCUUUUCCUAGGCCCAGGAAGCCUGAGGAGAGCGAGCUUCCAGCCCCGCUCCUGCCUGGCUUUCUUCGCUUGCCGUUUGACGGAAAUGGUGUGUACGUCAAGUAUAUCAAGCGUCCAUUUUGGUGCCCCGUCUGCACGUGGCGUGCAAAGGAACCGCAUGCAGUCCAACCUUCUUGUCGCAAGACACAAGCUUGUCGCAAUGCUCAAGCGGGAAUAAGACGGUUCAACCGACGAUUUGCCAGAGACAAGCUCAACUUCAUGGAAGGACCUCCUCCGCCGCGCGGCUCCUCGGUAGGACCACAACUCAAUGACACUAUUGACAACCGCCCUAUUCGACGCAGGCGCCCGCCAUCAUCUGGGCGUGCGAGUAGAGCUCCCAUCAUGCCGCCAAGCACCAUUGAAGACGAGGAUCAGGAAGAUGCACGCUCGGGCGUCGUGGUCCGCAGAACCCCAUACCCCGUGGCACCGCCCGCCCGCCAAGCGUCACACAUUCACCGCUAAUCUCGCUGGGUGACUACCGCGUUGGCAUCCGAAUUCGAGCUCCGGAAGCCUUCUUUAGCUCCACAAGUUUUGCCGCCUUGAGAUGUAUGCUGCCGCCUUUCACCGUUCCGACAAGUCUUGGAGGCAGCUGGCUCUCCUCCUAUCUCUCACCAUCUCCGUGCGGAAGCGGAGGUCAAUGAGCGGGGGCAAGCGCAAGGUGCAGUGCUGCGACGUUCGCUCUCGGCGCGUUCCCUCCGAACCUCGCCUGUCGCUUCGACAAGAGUCUGUCACGUGCACAC